AUGUCAGAGAUCCAUCUCAUCGCAUCUAUCGGAUCCCGAGUCCCGCCAAACUCUGGUGGCUUCGUGUUGCUGAACUCCCGGUACAGCAACGAGUCACCUCCCUGUGGCCUGGCAGCAGCGACGGCUGCAGUGGCUGCAGCAACAGCAGCCUCGUCGGACGCCUGCCAGUCACCACCGCAGCACCGCUGUCCACCGGCUGUUCUGCUGUUCUUUCUUGUUCACAGAAGAAAAUCAGAUAUGGCAGGUGAGAGACGAGUGCUGACGCUAGGUGGAAAAGGCUCAACCCUCUCUUCAGAUUCUGUCUUUGAAUUCUCCACUGCUUCUCCACCUCAACUCCUCCAGAUUGAUCCUUCUGCUCUUGCAAGGCUCUCUUCAUCUCCUUCCAAUCAUAAACCGAAUUCAGCAUCAGUCCCCUCCAAGCUUCAACUAUCUGUCCCUGAUUUUCUAACCCCUGAGGAAGCCAGAGCUUCCAUUCUGCUACUCCUGUACAAACACUUGCUUAGUGGAUCCCCCUCAUCCUCUGCUGUUUUUCAGCUAUCAGAUAUCUUGAGCAAUGAUACUAAAACCCUCACACUUGAUCUGGAUUUCGAUAAGCAUGCCAACAUUGAAAUGUUAAGAGGUUGCUGGCCAAAUAUUACUGUUAAUGGCAUCUGUGCUCUCCUGGACUACACAGCCUCCUCAUUAACCAUAGUUGCAGAUGCUGUUGCAGCCUUGUCUUGUGAGGCCUUGAAGGCUGACACUUCAACUGCCUUAAAUUUAUUCACAGACUCUGGUGAUGGCUCUUCUGAUAAAGAUAUGGCUUCUGUUGCUAGUGAUUUGAAGGUUUUGCUUAACGGAUCAAAGUUUCGUGGUACUCUGCAGUGUGAUCAAGUUGAUAACAUUCCCAUUAUUCAUGGUCGUUUGAGGUCUCUCAGCAAAUCAGUUCAUCAAUCAACUCGGAUUGCACUGAAUUCUACUCUGUUAGCAAAUGGAAGUAUCAGUGAGGAUUUGACCACACUCUUUUCAUCUCUGGCAUUUGCUAUCAAGAGUCUUGGUGAGAGUAGUUGGCUUCGAGCAAACACUUUGGUAAAAGACAACAUAUUUCCUGAUUUGGUUAAGAGUUUCAAUGCUGGAUGUCCUGGUCUUGACAUAUUGGAAGCCUCCGUUAUGUCUUCUGUAACAAAAAAGAUGAAAAAGAACUACAUCGAAUCAUUGCAUGAAAUUUAUGUUUUGUUUGAAGCUGUGAGAAAGAUUCUUUCUUGGGAAGCAACGGUUUCUUUUAUAUCAUUGGAGGGGAGUGAGCUGAUGGAGAAUGGAGAGAGGAGUGUAAAAGGUCAAGAGGGUGUUGAUGGAGGAAAUGUGAAACCGGAUAAAAAGAAGGACAAGAAAAAGAAGGUUAUGGGAAAAGGCACAUCUGUUUUGAUGCAGUUUAUAAAAGAUAGAUUACAAAUCAAGGUAUUUGAUACUUCAUCUCUUGUAGAGAAAGUGGCACAAGGUUUCCUCUCCUUCCUGGACUUGAAAGAUCCCAACUUUAAAAGUCUACUAAAUAAAGUGAAAGAAGUUGUUGACAGCAAUGACAGCAGAAGGCUUCCCAAACUCGCCAAGGGAACUCGUGAUUUUGCAAAAGAACAAAUGGCUGUAAGAGAGAAAGCCUUCACAAUCAUUGGCAAUGUUUUCAAGAGGCAUGGUGCUAUGGCACUUGAUACCCCUGUAUUUGAAUUGAGAGAAACUCUUACAGGAAAGUAUGGUGAGGAUUCAAAGUUGAUUUAUGAUUUAGCUGACCAGGGUGGAGAGAUUUGUUCCCUUCGGUAUGACCUAACAGUUCCAUUUGCUAGAUAUGUUGCCAUGAAUGGUCUGACAUCUUUCAGAAGGUACCAAAUGGCAAAGGUCUACAGAAGAGACAACCCAUCUAAAGGAAGAUACCGUGAAUUCUAUCAAUGUGAUUUUGACAUUGCUGGUGAUGACACAAUAGCAGCUGACUUUGAGGUUGUCAGAAUCUUGGUUGAACUACUAGACGAGCUAAACAUCGGUGAUUAUGAGGUGAAGUUGAACCAUCGUAAGCUACUGGAUGGAAUGCUGGAAAUAUGUGGGGUUCCAUCUCACAAAGUGCGAACCAUUUGUUCAAGUAUUGACAAAUUAGACAAACAAUCAUUUGACCAAAUUAGAAAGGAAAUGAUUGAAGAGAAAGGGUUAGAUGUGGAUACAGUGGAGAAAAUUGGUAAAUACGUGUGUCUGAAAGGCCACCCUUUGACACUACUAUCAGAACUGAAAAAAGAAGAAAGCGUGUUUCUGAAAAACGAGGCUUCAAAUCAAGCAUUGAAAGACUUGGAGAAAUUAUUCGAAUGUUUGGACAAAAGAUGUGUAGACAAAGUGGUUCUUGAUUUGAGUUUAGCAAGAGGCUUGGAUUACUACACUGGAGUUAUAUAUGAAGCGGUUUUCAAGGGUGCAACACAAGUUGGCUCAAUUGCUGCAGGUGGGCGUUAUGAUAAUCUUAUAGGCAUGUUUGGUACAAAACGUGUGGCUGCAAUUGGUGUUAGUUUGGGAAUAGAACGUGUCUUCACAAUAAUGGAAGAACAGCAAAAAGUUGAAAAUCAGGUGAUUCGAGCGAGUGAGACACAAGUGUUGGUGAGUGUGUUGGGGGAUGAUGUGGGCUUAGCAUCUAAACUGGUUCAGAUGUGUUGGGAUGCGAAAGUGAAUGCAGAGUUUAUGGCGAAUAAGAGGCUUAAUAAGCAUUUUGAUCGAGCUAAAGAGUUUGGGAUUCCAUGGAUGGUGAUUGUUGGUGAAAGAGAAAUUAAAGAAGGGAUUGUUAAGAUUAAGAAUAAAGAGGCGAAUAUAGAGCAAGAAGUUGCUAUGACUGAUUUUGUGGAUGAACUCAUCAGACUUAUGAACACCAGGUAAACUGUGAAAAAGGAA